UAGCACAUGCGCAGAAUUUAUUCUCAUCUCGACUAGUCAUCUGUGAACAUGGCGUAGAGGUUGGAAAAGUGUUUUUAAUAAUUUACAUUUGCUUUCAAAAAGUGAAUAGUAUAACACCUUACAUAUAUCAUUAAUUAUUUAGCACAAAUUUCAAUGGCCGAACAAGAGACUAAUUGUAUUUUCUGUAAAAUUAUUAGAAAUGAAGAACCUAGUGAAAAGAUUUACGAGGAUGAUGACAUCACAUGUAUUAAAGAUAUCAACCCAGCAUCAACACAUCAUUAUUUAAUAUUACCAAAUAAACAUGUAUGCAAUGCAAAAACACUUAAACCUGAAGAUUCUGAUCUUUUUGAUAAGAUUGUUGCUACAGUAGACAUUAUCUCAGAAAAAUUGAAUCUUAAUCCUACAUCUACACGAACAGGAUUUCAUUGGCCACCAUUUAAUACAGUUGAUCAUUUACAUCUACAUGUUAUUUCUCCAAUAGAGAAAAUGACUGUUAUAAAAAAGAUGAUGUUUAAACCCAGUUCUUAUUGGUUUGUGAGUACUGACUACGUCAAGUCUCGCUUGGAAAAUAGUAAAUUAUAAAUAUAGAGUAUUAUUAUAGUUUUAUUUGUGUGUUACUCUUCAUCAGCAGCAAUAUGAAAAUUUUAUAAAAUUUAUAAUUGAAGCAUUUUAUGCAACUGCAGGUAUAAAGUAGUUAUUAUAAAGUCUUUGCCAAAAACUAUAGGUUUAUUGUAAAUUAUUUAAAACAAUAUUACGAUUUUAUUUAUAAGAAUAUGGUGAAUGUGUUUUACAAUUUAUUUGAAUUACAAGAUGUACAUAUAUAUAUAUAGAUAUACAGAACGUUUUUAACAAAGAAUUAUAAACAUGUUUA